AUGACUUCUAAAACCGUCCUCCUGUGCGUCCUGGCGCUCGCGUCUUUCUUCAGCUCUGCUUUGUGCUCUCCUACGUGCAACAACCGCUGCUGCAGUUUCGUGGAGGGCUUCCCCAUCAGGCUCAAGAAGCUCAGACAGGACUAUUCACGGAUCAGAGAUUUCUACGAAGCAAACGACGACUUAGACUCAGCGCUGCUAGAUCAGUCCGUCGAAGACUCCUUUAAGAGCCCGUUUGCCUGUUACGCCAUGAACAGCUUACUGGAAUUUUACCUGGACACGGUUCUGCCGACAGCCAUGGCCGGAGUGACCGAAGACACCAAGAACUUAAAGCCUCACGUGGAGUCCAUACUAGAAAUUUUCAAUACCCUGAAGAGAGAUGUCACCCACUGUAGGAACUACUUCUCCUGCAAAAAACAUUUCGACAUCAAGAAUCUGAACUCUACUUACACUCAGAUGGAGAGCAGAGGUCUAUACAAGGCCAUGGGAGAGCUGGACAUAUUGUUUAACUACUUUGAGACGUAUCUGGCUUCUAAACGACACAGACAAUAACCUCUGCUCGAAGACCUGCUGACCCAAAUCAAGAUAUGAAGCUCAUCUCUGGGAGAAAAAGAACUUUUACAAGCAUUGACAGAUGUGAAUUUUUUGUAUGGGACUUACUGAACUGUUGUCUUUAUUUUUUAUGAGACGUUAUAACUAAUUUGUCCUAUGGACAAGUUUCUGUUAGGAUCCUUUUGAAUCAUGCUGUUUAAAA